GAGAGAGAGAUCGUUAGUACACAAAAAUAAUUUGUGGAAACGUAGAAGGAGAAAAUAUAAUAAUUUAUAUUUUUACAAAAUAACCUAUACAAAAUGUCUUCUUUGACCAAGCCAAAAUCGGAAAUGACGCCGGAGGAAUUGGCAAAGAGGGAGGAGGAGGAAUUUAACACCGGACCUCUCUCGGUCUUAACACAGUCCGUUAAGAACAAUACUCAAGUAUUAAUAAAUUGCAGAAAUAAUAAAAAAUUAUUGGGACGAGUAAAGGCAUUUGACAGACAUUGCAAUAUGGUUUUGGAAAAUGUGAAGGAAAUGUGGACGGAACUUCCACGUACAGGAAAAGGCAAAAAAAAGGCAAAACCGGUAAACAAAGACAGAUUUAUCCCAAAAAUGUUUCUACGUGGAGAUUCCGUCAUCUUAGUUCUAAGAAAUCCAUUGGCAACUGCAGCAGGAAAGUAAUACAUUAUAAUACAUUAAGGACAAUUUUAACAUUAUGAAUUAAAAUUAAAAUAUUGUAAUAAAGAAAAUAAAAUUUG